AUGUCUACUGGUCCACGCACGAUUCGUAAACGUUUCGGGAACCCUAGAACACUGCCCAGAACACUCACCAGGCCCCUUUUUAAAACCCAGAAGGCAACGAAGCUCUGGUCGACAUGUGAGAAUUGUCGCUUAGCAGCCCCAUCUAUAAAGGCUCCCGACGAGUUUCCAACGCUGUGGGAGAGCUUGGUCUUUGGCAUCAGGACGAUUGCAGAAUCAUUCGUAACAAAACCAGCUCCUAUUCCCAUUCCCGUUCCAACUCCCAUUCCCUACGAGCCCUUCAGAUUCAAAGAUCUGCCUUGCGAACUCCGGAUCGAAGUCUACAAAUUCGUCUUCGACCGCGUCUACAAGGCAUCGGAUGCCCAUGAACGCGCAGACCGCGUGAAGCCCAAUCGAUUUGCCCUCUUUCGUGUUGACCGCCAGAUUCAUCACGAAGCAGUUGAGAGCUUCGAAAGAUAUGCGACAUGCUACUCACCGGUGAUGUGUUCGCCUUAUCGCUCUUCGUGCGAUGAGGCUAAUCGUUUCCUCGAAGACAACAAGGCCAUACUGCUCGGUGCUGCGCAUCUUGGUCUCGGUAUCAGCGAUUUUAGUAUACUAUCUGACGAAGUUUCGUUUUUCUUCGGAGAUAUGCGUCUCUCUGAGUUUAUGCUGGCGCCUAGAGACCAAGCCCCCUCAACACGUUGGCUCACGUUGGAUCUGGACGAUUCGUAUUGGGGGGAAAUGACUCAAUACAACCACGCCGACCAGAAUUACAGGCCUGAUCGGCGCUAUUUAAGGAGAUUUUGGUUUGAUGCAUAUGUUGGACCAUGGAUAUCCUCCUUCCAACUUAUGAGCCGCCCUGAUUCGCCCGUGGAUUUCGUGUGGACGGUGAAGUCACCAAAGUCAAAUCCGGCGCCCGGUGGCAUCGAGGGAAAGUUCUAA